AAAGCGACGGCUCGCACCAUGGAUGCUACCAUUUAUCAGAUCAUAUUUGGGGAGCUCGGGGACUUAAACUGUAGUUUGAUAGACGCUUUCCAAGACACUUUUUUGGAAAACGCGUCCUUGUCAUUGUUGAGCACUGAUGGUUUUUAUUGCAAUGCCACAACAGAUGAGAUUGGAACCUGCUGGCCGCGGAGCAGCACUGGGAGGAUUGUAGAGAGACCCUGCCCUGAGUACAUCAACGGGGUGAAGUACAACACAACGAGGAGUGCUUACAGGGAAUGCAUGGAUAAUGGGACGUGGGCGUUGAAGAGCAAUUACUCCAAUUGUGAACCUAUUUUGGAGGAGAAGAGGAAAUAUCCAAUGCAUUAUAAAAUAGCGCUGAUCAUCAACUACCUAGGCCACUGUAUCUCCGUGGGAGCUCUAGUCGUGGCCUUCAUUCUCUUCUUGUGCUUAAGGAGCAUAAGAUGUCUUCGAAACAUCAUCCACUGGAACUUGAUCACCACCUUCAUACUGAGGAAUGUUAUGUGGUUUUUGCUUCAGUUGAUUGACCACAAUAUCCAUGAGAGCAAUGAGCCUUGGUGUCGAUUAAUUACAACAAUAUACAACUACUUUGUGGUGACAAACUUUUUCUGGAUGUUUGUUGAAGGAUGUUACCUUCACACAGCCAUUGUAAUGACUUAUUCAACUGAUAAGCUCCGAAAGUGGGUCUUCCUUUUCAUCGGUUGGUGUAUUCCAUGCCCUAUUAUAGUAGCCUGGGCCAUAGGAAAGUUGUAUUAUGAAAAUGAACAAUGUUGGUUUGGUAAAGAACCUGGGAAAUAUAUGGACUACAUUUACCAGGGACCAGUUAUUCUUGUGCUUCUGAUAAACUUUGUUUUCCUCUUCAACAUAGUAAGAAUUCUUAUGACCAAACUAAGAGCGUCAACCACAUCUGAAACAAUACAGUACAGGAAAGCCGUGAAAGCAACACUCGUCUUGCUACCUCUGCUAGGCAUCACCUACAUGCUCUUCUUUGUGAAUCCAGGGGAGGACGACAUCUCACAAAUCGUUUUCAUUUAUUUCAACUCCUUUUUACAGUCUUUUCAGGGGUUCUUCGUGUCAGUGUUUUACUGCUUUCUAAAUGGUGAGGUACGUUCUGCAGUAAGGAAACGGUGGCACCGCUGGCAGGACAACCACGCCCUCCGAGUGCGAGUGGCACGAGCCAUGUCCAUCCCUACAUCUCCAACCAGGAUCAGCUUCCACAGCAUCAAACAGACCACAGCUGUGUGACCAAGGGAGCAAGCAUAUAAUCUCCACUACACAAGGGAACAGACUUAAUCUUUUUCCAGUACAAACAAUGAAGUGAUUUACAGAACAAACUGAUUCCUUUAAGAAGGCCACCGUGUGUCCAGUGUGACUGAAGAGCCAGGCAAUUUCUGUUCUGUCUGAUGAGAACAAGUAAUAGCACCUAAAAGUACACUUUAACUGCACAUGAAGUAUGAUUGGACACAUAAAUAAGAUUGUUGGAGGAUUUAUUUCCCGUAACAUACGAUACAUGAGGUGUUUGGUUUGAGUUUUUGUGGAAUAUUUAAAAUACAUAAAAAUGGCAUCAUUAUCAUCAAACUGUCACAUCACAACAAGUCUUACUGUCUGAUCUGAUAGUGAUCUUAUCACUGCUUAGUGGUUAUUCGCCAAGCAAGAUAAUCCCACAGCUUUUGCAGCAGGAUACUUUAACAGCUCAGACACUUGUAUGCAUCUGCUCAAUUCUUGGUUAGAGGGAGGGCAACAAGUAAUAUUUAGAAUUUAAUUAGAUACAUCAAUGCAAAAAAAAAGAAAGCAAUUUCUAUUUAGUAUGAUGAAUACCAAACUCAGAAAUGCUCUU